AGGGUUGCCAGCCAAAGAUUAAAAGGGAGAAAUAUUUUUCCACGUAUUAAUACAAUUGUACGUUUAGUUAAAAAUAACAUCAAAAUUAUUAAGUUAGAAAGUAGUAAAUUUGAGUAAAGUGCAAGACAAGUUGCCCUGCCAUGCCCGAGUCGUGUAGAGCGCCAUAGUACCAUCCCUAGCACUGAAAGCAACACACACCGCACCACACCACCACACCAUCCCAGGAGCCGGAAAAGAGCGAUGCCUUGCUGGUAUUAUGACAAAAAGGAACUGCGAGAGACACCGUCGAUUCUGGAUGGGAUCACGUUUGAAAAUGAGCGACGCUACCGCAAGGAGGGUGCCCGCUUCAUCAUGGAGUGCGGCACCAAGAUGGGACUUAGCCACAGCACGAUGGCCACCGGAGUGGUGUACUUCCAUCGCUUCUACAUGUUCCACUCGUUCCGCAGCUUUCCGCGCUACGUCACCGCCUGCUGCUGCCUCUUCUUCGCCGGCAAGGUGGAGGAGACGCCAAAAAAGUGUCGAGACAUUAUCAAAACCGCCCGCGGCAUCCUCAACGACAGCUACUUCUCCUCGUUCGGGGACGAUCCCAAGGAGGAGGUAAUGACACUGGAGCGAAUACUGUUGCAGACAAUCAAGUUCGACCUGCAGGUGGAGCAUCCGUACACGUUUCUCCUGAAGUACGCGAAGUGCUUCAAGGGCGACCAGCAGAAGCUCCAGAAGAUGGUCCAAAUGGCAUGGAACUUCGUGAACGACUCCCUCAGCACGGUCGUCUGUCUUCAGUGGGAGCCGGAGAUUAUAGCCGUUGCGCUCAUCCAUCUGGCCAGCAAACUGAGCAAAUUUACGGUCCAGGACUGGGAGGGUCGGCAGCCGCAUCAUCAGCGCUGGUGGGACAUGUUCGUGUCGGAUGUGACGAUGGAGAUACUGGAGGAUAUAUGCCACCAGGUGUUGGAUCUGUACCAGUCCACACAGAAGGAGGCCCAGCUACCCAACAGUCCGCCGCAGAAGCCACCCAGUCGCGCCGACAGUCCCACAAUUGUGAAGCCUAUGAAUCCCAGUGGAGGAGGCGGAGCACCUGCCCAGCAGCAGCCACCACCUCCGCUACCCAUAAACAGCAGCAGUGGCAAUGGCAACCAUUUGGACCUCAACAACAUACAGAGCAUCAAAUCGCUUGCCAAUGCCAUUCCCUCCGCCCUCAGCAGCAUGAAUAACAGUAACAACGAUGCGCUGCCCCUGGUGCAGCAGCAAAUGCCGCUGGCACCAGCGCCGCCUGGUGGAGGAGGAGGACCGGGCAACUAUCACAUGUACCAUGCGCCACCGCCUCCUCCGCCACCCGUAGUGCCUAUGCCACAGUAUGCCGCAGCAGCAUGGAACGUUCAGCAGCCGCCGCCCACGCAUUAUAACGCCGCCGUUGCACCGCCACCACCAAUGCCCCCGAAUAUGGGUGCACCGGGGGGACCAGGCGGUGGCUAUUACAAUGCAGGCGGGCGACAGUCACAGCAGCGAUACCAAUAGACACAAAGAACAAUGGGGAGGGGGAGUGGAGGAAGUGGCUUGAAAGUACUGUUUAAACAUUAAUAAUUAAUAAAGCGUAAUUUUAUUAAAAACAAAAACAA